AUGGCCGCGGGUGUGAUCCGGCCUCUGUGCGACUUCCAGCUGCCCCUGGCCGCCCGCCGGCCCUUCCUGCCCUCAGACCCGGAGCCCCAGGAGACCUCCGAGGACGAGGACGAGGACGAGGAGGAGGAGGACGCGCUAGAGACCGCGGGGCCGGGCGGCAGGAGCCCAGGCCCCCGGGCCUCGGGCUGGGCCCCAGAAGCAGCCCCUCGGGGUCCCGGCAGCCCAGAGACGCCCCUGCGGCUGCUGCGGUUCUCCGAGCUCAUCAGCGGCGACAUCCAGCGGUACUUCGGCCGCAAGGACGGGGGGCAGGACCCCGACACUGGUGACGUCCACGCAGACGACCUCCAGUGUGCUGACCCCGCGCGCCCCGCUCCAGCUGGGCCCCUAGACGGCGACGAGGCUGCGCAGCCCGGAGUGCUCUCCCCCAGGGGUCCCGAGGGGCAGGCUCGCGGGCUGGGACCGCUGGCCGAGCUCUUCGACUACGGGCUGCGGCAGUACCCGGUGCUUGGGGCCCCGGCCGGCAGGCGGCUCCGGCUGGAGCGCAAGUACGGCCACAUUGUCCCCAUGGCCCAGAGGAAGCUGCCGCUCUCCUUCUGGGAGGAGCCGGCCCCUGGCCCCCUGGGCCUGCUCCACCCUGGCACGCCUGACUUCAGCGACCUGCUGGCCAGCUGGUCGGCGGAGACUGGCCCCGAGGUGCCCGGGGGAGGGGACCCCCAGGCCCUGGACGGGGUGCCGCUGGCCGAGGCCUAG